GGUGCGUCCUGAUUGACCUGAACCAGCGCUCACAGCAGCCGCGCCUUUCCCUGCAGCCCAGCUGUGAGCGAGACAGCAGCGAUCAACGCACCGCCGCACGCAGCGCCUUUCAACAGGUCUUUGAGAGGAAAACUGCACUACAGAGAAAAUGAGUUGAAACAUUCUGUGAGAGAGUCCUGCAUACCCCACCAUCUUCUGGGGUUACAUUUUGUAUGGUCUGGGUGUUAUUGCCCCCAAAAGCAAUUUGGCACCCUUUAGGAAACAUAGUUGAAAAAUGUUCCUGACUCGGAGAAAGAGACUUCAUCUGAGCCGAAUUAUAUUCCUUCUCUCUGGGGUUUUCCUUUGUUCUUUAUAUCAACUGACUGUUAGAGCCAGACUACCAGAACCCUGGCAAGAGCCCCAGAUAACAGGGGACCAUGAUGAUGUCUCUGGACAUAUUAUGGAAACAGGACAGUUGGCUAAUUUGACCACUACUGUUGAGCCAAAGCACUCCAAGCAGACAGAUGAGGUCCAGCUGUUAGAAACAGCUUCAUCUACAACCCCUCCAAAUAUACCUACAACUACAGAGGCACCUACAACAACCACAAAUAGGACAAUCAUCCACUGCAUAUAUGUGGAUCCAGACCUUCAAAAACCCACCCCAGUUCCCAGUCCAGCAAUUGAUACUACAACUCUGGUGCCCAACACUACAGCCUUUAGACCUGGAGAGGCACCACACAUGAAGGGCGAGUAUCCGGAGGACAUCUUCUCCAUUGAGGACAGACGCAAAGGCUGGGUUGCUCUACACAUUUUUGGAAUGGUAUACAUGUUUGUUUCUUUGGCCAUUGUCUGUGAUGAGUUCUUUGUCCCAACGCUUGGGGUUAUCACUGACAAAUUGGCGAUCUCAGAUGAUGUGGCUGGUGCAACCUUCAUGGCUGCAGGAGGCUCUGCUCCUGAACUCUUUACUUCCUUGAUUGGUGUUUUCAUCUCCCAUAGCAAUGUGGGCAUUGGAACCAUUGUUGGCUCGGCUGUCUUUAAUAUCCUGUUUGUGAUUGGAAUGUGUGCUCUGUUCUCCCGGGAGAUGCUUCACCUCACAUGGUGGCCUUUAUUUCGUGAUGUUUCCUUCUACAUCCUUGAUCUCAUCAUGCUCAUCAUCUUCUUCUUGGACAACACUAUUAUGUGGUGGGAAAGUAUGAUGCUGAUGGGUGGUUAUGCACUCUAUGUGAUUUUCAUGAAAUUCAAUGUUCAAAUUGAGAAAGCCUUUAAGGCUCAACUCAUGAAACACAAGAGUAUCGUCAAAGUCAUCGCUGUGGAAGAACCUGAGAAGGACAAUGGGACCUCAGGUGAAGACAGCAGGCCACCUGAACCAGAAGACAUGAAUCGAUUAAAGCUGAAGCCCACUUUGCAGCGUGGGGGCAGUUCUGCUUCUCUACACAACAGUACCAUGAGGAACACCAUCUUCCAGCUGAUGAUUCACACACUGGAUCCUCUUGGAGAGGUGAAAUUUAAAGACAAGGCUCACAUUUUGAACGACAUGGCACGGGGGAAAGUAGAGAGCAAAAAGAAGGAAAAAUCUGGUGAAGUAGGCGAUCAGAUGGAGCAGCCCAAGGAUUCCAAAGACACAGCUCAUGCAACCAAGGAAGAAGGCGCCAAUCAAAAACCUGAGGCACAAAAGGAAGGGGAUACUGCAGCAGGAGGUGGAUCAGAGAAGCCAGGAGGUUCAGAUGACUCAGACAGUAGUGAUGAAGAUGACAGUGAUGAAGACAGCGAUGAGGACAGUGAUGAUGAUGAUGAUGAUGAAAAUGAAGCUGAAGAAGAUGAGGACAAUGAAGAACCUCUGUCAUUAGAAUGGCCAGACACCUUACGUAAACAAGCCACGUAUUUGUGUCUGCUGCCCAUCGUGUUCCCAUUGUGGCUGACAGUUCCAGACGUCAGAAACCCUGCAUCAAAGAAGUUUUUUGCCAUCACCUUCCUUGGCUCUAUAGUAUGGAUUGCAAUAUUUUCCUAUCUUAUGGUGUGGUGGGCACAUCAGGUGGGUGAGACCAUCGGCAUCUCAGAGGAGAUCAUGGGUCUGACGAUUCUGGCCGCAGGAACAUCUAUUCCUGAUCUCAUCACCAGCGUAAUUGUGGCUCGUAAAGGAUUGGGAGACAUGGCUGUCUCAAGUUCUGUGGGAAGCAACAUAUUUGACAUCACUAUGGGGCUACCUGUGCCCUGGCUGAUGUACUCGCUAUGUCAUUCGCUGGCCCCGGUGACUGUGAGCAGUAAUGGGCUCUUCUGUGCCAUUGUGCUGCUCUUCAUUAUGCUCCUCUUUGUCACCAUCUCCAUCGCUGCCUGUAAAUGGAGGAUGAAUAAAGUGUUGGGAUUCACGAUGUUCAUCCUCUACUUUGUGUUCCUGGUGCUCAGUGUCAUGCUGGAGGAUCGGAUCAUUGUAUGUCCCGUGUCCAUCUAACAGUUUUGAUACACCUUAACAUUCAGCCAGCACUGAAUGGGGACUCUCAUGUCAUGCGUCAUCAUUACAAAUACUCUGAACUGUCACUUUACAUAUAAAGUAUUAUGUAUUUAAAGCAUCCCUGGACUCAGUGAGGUGUUCUGUCAUCAUUUACUCACCCUUAUGUUAUUCCAAUCCUGUAUAACUUUCAUUCAUUGAAUACAAAACGAGAUUUUAGACAGUAUGUUAGUCUCAGUCACAUUUCAUUUUCAUUGUAUGCAAAACAAUGUAUGGCUAACAUCUACUUUUGUGUUCUAUUGAAGAAAGAUAUGUCAUACGGGUUUGCAACAACAUGAAUUUUCAUUUUCGGGUAAACUGUUCCUUUAAAAUUAAGUACUCAGUAAUGUAAUGUGUCACAGUAAGUUGUCACCGGCCCUGUCCAAAAUGAUACCCUCUUAAGUCCACAUUAUGGUGAUGUAAUGUUAAAUGGACUGCUGUGAGGUCCGCACCAGUGUUGGCUUUGAAAAAGGGCAUUGAGGCUUCAUGGGGAAGCACUCUUGAGUCCUGUUUUGAACUGUAAUGACAAAUGGGACACUUUACUCUCUUGUGGACAUCACGGACCACAUUAUCAGUUUCCACAUUAAAUGAACUAUUAAAAUGCAAAAUAUGGAAAAAAAUUUUGAUGAUCUGUAAAAAUCUGAGGGUGAUACAAUUGAAGUAUUUACUUCUAUCUGGAUUUCUACCAUGAAAAGCAUGCAAAACACAGUUCUCGGCAACAAACAGAAUCACCAAGAUUGUCACCUGGUGAAAACUGGAAAUGUCCCUUUCAUUUUUUUCCAUAAUAAUAGUUGUUUCCAAAUUUAUUUUGAUGAAUUUUAUAUUGUGAUUGUAUUAUUUUAUGUUGUGGAUUUUAAGAUAGCUACAGUAUAAGUGAAUUCUUCUUUUCAACAUGUAUGCACAAAUCAAAAAUGUGAAAAUAAUUUAUUGUAAAUUAUAGAAUUGAAUAAUAUUCUGCAAUGGAAUUAUUUUUGUAACUCUGAAAACCAUUUCAUUAGCAAGCGUUUUAUAUGCAGAUCUUGUGCUGUAUGUAAAAUAUGAUUUACUUUUUUUUCAACAUACAGUAAAAGUAGAAUCAAAAGACUUCUUAACUACUUGUUAAUGUAAUCAAUUUUAUUCUGAUACAAACAGUUAUGAAUUUCCAUACAAAUGGCACGUAGCUGUUUGAAGAAUGCUGAAUAGAGAGGAUGUUCUGCUGAAU